CUGGAUUCGAACAGCUCUACUCCUUGCAUCUUGCCCUAGAAUAGACUAUAUUCGCACAAGGGCUAUUGUUGAGGUGGUAAGUACGUAGUAGUAUAGCUUGAGAAGAUCUGGUGUCAGACCGGUUAACCUGAGACCACCGACUACGACUGGCUGCAACGUCAUACAGUACAGCUGACCUCGCUCCUUAACGCAUCUCUGUUACGACCGAGACGUGCCUGAUCAAUCGCCCUAUGACACUCCAUCAAAGGCCUCCUAGCCAAUAUCGAGCGGAUACCGGUUCGGGCACUGGCGUUCUCACACAGGAGCUUUUCCGUGCAACGGAUGUUCGCACCUUUCGCUUGUUUCGGGCACCCGCCACGCCCCCCGCCAUGUGACACGGCCAGGUGAUGUGUCCAGCUGCGCAACUAUAGGAGACGCGAUAGGAGACACCAGGUCGCUCGUCGUUUCAUGCCUGUCUUAUAAGGUUCCAGAGCGCGAAGAACGCGCACCUCCCAGGUUCUCGUCGAGCACCCGGCCAGCCACCCUAGUCUUCUCCCUGCCGUUACUCUCCCGAUAUGCCGAACAAGAUGCGCGCUGUUGUGUACGAAGGGCCGUUCAAGGUCUCGGUCAAGGAGGUCGAGAAGCCCAAGAUUCAGCAUCCCUGUGAUGUGAUUGUGAGGGUCACCACCAGCUGCAUCUGCGGCAGUGACCUUCACAUGUACGAGGGGCGCACCGCUGCCGAGCCCGGCAUCGUCUUUGGUCAUGAGAACAUGGGUAUCGUUGAUGAGGUUGCCGAUGGAGUUACCCUCUUAAAGAAGGGCGACCGUGUCGUCAUGCCAUUCAAUGUCGCAUGUGGCCACUGCCUGAACUGCGAAGAGGGCAGGUCCGCGUUCUGCACCGAAGUUAACCCUGGCUUCGCUGGUGGCGCCUACGGCUACGUCGCGAUGGGACCGUACUCCGGAGGCCAGGCCGAGUACGUCCGUGUCCCGUUCGCGGACUACAACGCCCUGAAGCUCCCGCACGGCAAGGAGCACGAGGACGACUUUGCUCUCCUGGCCGAUAUCUUCCCCACCGGCUGGCACGGCGUCGAGCUCUCGGGCUUCAGGCCCGGCGAGUCCAUCGCCGUCUUCGGCGCUGGCCCAGUCGGCCUCAUGGCCGCCUACAGCGCCCUCCUCCGCGGCGCGUCGGAAGUGUACGUCGUCGACCGCGUCCCCGAGCGUCUCGCGAAGGCGAAAGAGAUCGGCUGCAUCCCCAUCGACUUCAGCAAGGGCGACCCUGUCGAGCAGAUCAAGAAGCAUCGCGGCGGCAGGGAGGUCGACCGCGGCGUCGACGCCGUCGGGUACCAGGCCGUCACGGCCGACGGUAGCGCCGAGCAGCCGAACAUCAUCCUCGAAGGGCUCAUCGCCGUCGUGCGCCCCACCGGCGGGCUCGGCAUCCCCGGGCUGUACGUCCCCAAGGACCCCGGCGCGCCCGACUCGAACUCGGCCAAGGGCUACAUCACCUUCCCGUUCGGCAAGCUCUUCGAGAAGGGCCUCACCGUCGGCACCGGUCAGUGCAACGUCAAGAAAUACAACCGCUACCUGCGCGACAUGAUCAUCUCCGGACGCGCCAAGCCGUCCUUCGUCGUCUCGCACAACAUCAGCCUCGACGAGGCCUCGGACGCGUACGAGAAGUUCGACAAGCGCAUUGACGGCUACACCAAGGUUCUCCUGCACCCCUGAGCGGCUUGAGCAUCGCAGAUCCCAAGCCUCUCUCUCCUCGGGUCAAAGGUGGACUUUCCAUGAGAGUAUGAGCAAUC